AUGCAGAGUAUUGAUAAACUGAUUGACCUAUCCGCUGCAAAACUAGAGAAGAGUGAUGAUAUUAUUGGCGUAACUUUUGGAAAUACCAGAAAGACUAACGUAAUUGGGACUCUAAACAUGCAAGGGCUUGCCAAAAGAGUAGGAGCAAGGAUUUUGCUGACAUCAACAUCAGAGGUUUAUGGUGACCCUCUUGGGCAUCCUCAGGAAGAAACCUACUCGGGAAAUGUGUUAGGAGCUGUUAUGAUGAUUGAUGAGGGAAAAAGAAUUGCUGAGACUUUGAUGUUUGACUAUCAUAGGCAGCAUGGAAUAGAUGUAGAGUUGCCAUUGAAUAAUUUUUCAUUGAAUUGUAUCAAUAAAGAUGGUUUAUCAAGUUCAGGAGCAAAUUCAUUUGAAACAUUUAGGUCCUUUUCACUCAUUCAGGGGGAAGCUUUAUGUCGUUUUGGUAUCAACUGGGAGUUUCAAUCCUCCUACAUAUAUGUACUUGCUCUGUUUCGAUUAGAUAAUUUCCAGAACAUGGACUAUUCUUUGGAAUUGUGCAAUGGGACACAAUUAGAUAUGACCAAACUCUCCACUCAUGUGCUCGAAUGCAAGAUAUUGAUAGGACAUCAAGCUGACAAAAAGGUGUUGAUUCUUAGAAAGAACAUAACUCCUUCCGAUCUUAGGGUUGCAUUUAAGUUCCACCGGCGACAGUUUCCACUUAUGCUCCCUGGUCGACCAGCUUCUCCUCCGAUGGGUUCCAAGAGCAAAGCCAAGAAAUCAAAAGAGGAAAAAGAAGUGAAGGAGAGCAAUGGGAUGGAGCUGAAAGAAGCUCAAGAACACAUUGGCACCUUGAAAAAGCUUCAAGAGAAGGACCCGGAGUUCUACGAAUUCUUGAAAGAACACGACAAGGAACUGCUCGAAUUCGAUGAAGACGACCUGGACGACAAUGCUCAAACCGACCCGGAAAACGAGGAUGAGGAAAAAGAAGAAACCGACGCUGACGAUGACGGGCAAAGUGAUGGCGAGCCACCGGAGGCCGGCAAGCUCACCAGAAACGUGAUAACCAGCGAGAUGGUGGACUCGUGGUGUGAGGCGAUUCACAGUGGGUCCAAAUUGGGCGCUGUCCGGUCUCUGAUGAGGGCCUUUCGCAGUGCGUGCCAUUAUGGGGACGACGAACAGGGUGAUGACGUGGCAGCCAGAUUCAGCACCAUGUCGAGUGCCGUUUUCAACAAGAUUAUGGUUUUUGUCCUGAAUGAGAUGGAUGGGAUACUUCGAGGACUGCUGAGACUGCCGCCUUCCGGUGGGAAACGGGAGAUGAUGGUAGAUGUGAUGACGAGUAGGCCGUGGAAGAAUUAUAAUCACCUGGUGAAGUCGUACCUUGGGAAUGCUUUGCAUGUGCUGAAUCAGAUGACAGAUAGUGAGAUGAUUGCAUUCGUGCUGAGGCGCCUGAAGUACUCAGCUCUGUUUCUAGCUGCUUUUCCGGCCCUCUUGAGGAAGUAUAUCAAGGUUGCGUUGCAUUUCUGGGGUACAGGAACUGGUGCACUGCCACUUGUCUCCUUCUUGUUCUUAAGAGAUUGUUGUGUGCGACUUGGUUCUGACUGCUUGGAUGACUGCGUGAAAGGAAUGUACAAGGCUUAUGUCUUGAACUGCCACUUCAUUAAUACAACAAAAUUACAGCACAUCCAAUUUCUUGGAAAUUGCUUUACCGAGCUCCUUCGGAUUGACACUUCGUCUGCUUAUCAGCAUGCCUUUGUUUACAUCCGGCAGCUAGCAAUGAUAUUGAAGGAAACACUUUCGUGUUCCACACAAAAGAAGAAAUUGAAAAACAAGGGGAAUAAUGAACCUUCUGGUUCUAAAAAAGAGAAGGGGAAGGAAGCUCCUUCGAGUUCUAAAAAAAAGGAAACAUAUAGAAAGGUCUACCAGUGGAAGUACAUUAACUGCCUGGAGCUAUGGACUGGAGUUGUUUGUGCAUAUAGCGAAGAAGCUGAUUUGAAGCCACUCACUUACCCAUUGGCACAGAUUAUCACAGGAGUAGCUCGUUUACUUCCAUCUGCUUGUUAUUUUCCCCUUAGAUUGCGAUGUGUGAGAAUGCUCAACCGUAUAAGUGCUUCAACUGGUACAUAUAUUCCUGUUUCUCUGGUUCUCUUGGACAUGCUCGAGAUAAAAGAAUUGCAUAGGCCCCCCACUGGAGGAUUAGGCAAAUCUGUUGAUUUGUUUUCUAUCCUUAAGGUUAGCAAAACAACUUUGAAAACAAGAGCAUUUCAGGAGGCUUGUGUUUUAUCCGUGGUUGAGGAGCUUGCUGAGCAUCUUGCUCAGUGGAGUUACUCUAUUGCUUUCUUGGAGUUUUCAUUUGUUCCUGGUGUUCGACUGCGUAACUUCUGCAAAUCUACAAAGGUCGAUAGGUUUCGCAAAGAAAUGAGGCAUCUCAUUCGUCAGAUCGAAGCCAACUCUGAAUUUAUAAAUAAGAAGCGGACAACAGUUUCUUUCUUGCCGAAUGACCCUGCAGCUGAGACUUUCCUCGAGGACGAGAAGAAGUUGGGAAUUAGCCCUCUGUCCAGUUAUGUUGCCACUCUACGCCAGAGAGCACAAGAUAGAAAUAAGGCACUAAUGGAAUCCAGUGUUCGUGUUGGAGACCGUGCUUCCAAAUUCGGAAACAAGACUAGUGAUGAUGAAGACGAUGAAGAUGACGAUUCUGAAGAUGAAGAAAGUGCUAGUCUUUUGCUACCCGGGCAGAAUACCAAGAAUAAGCACAAGGAAAAUGUGGAGAAUAAGAAGAUGAAGAAGAAAAAUAUUGAGCCCUUGGAGGUGGCGAGUGCAGACGAGGACAUCAUUGAAGAUUUUGUACUCAGCUCCGAUGAUGAAGACUAUCUGUUUAGUGGCGGUGUAGACGAAGAAGACAGUGGGCCCGAGGCAGCUUCCCCAGAACCUCACGGCAAGAAACGGAAAAAAUCCCCGGAGACCUUAAAGGAGAAGGCGAAAAAACCUGGGAAGAGAAAGUCAAAGAAGAGGAAACGGGCACCUAGGAAAAUGUAGGGNUAUUUUGUAUUAUUU